AUGAGGCACACCAGCUCUUGGAAACUGUGGACUUGGGCAGCAAUGUUCCUGCUUCCUGCUUUCACUUGUGUGACAGUCAGGGACAAGCCAGAAACAACCUGCCCUAUGCUGAGGAUGGAGGGAUAUCAAGAAGACAGAAACAAACUCGGAGUUUUAGGCUUUGAUCUGGCAGAGAGCUUUGCUCUGAGGCAUGCAUUUUGCGAAGGUGAUAAAACCUGUUUCAAAUUGGGAGGCACACUUCUUGUCAGAGACACUGUUAAGAUAUUUCCCAAAGGCCUUCCUGAGGAGUACUCUGUAGCAGUCGCGUUUCGGGUUCGAAGAAGCACCAAGAAGGAACGGUGGUUUUUAUGGCAGAUUUUAAACCAGGAGAAUAUGCCACAGAUUUCUAUAGUGAUCGAUGGCACAAAGAAGGUGAUAGAAUUUAUGUUCCGAGGUGCUGAGGGAGAUCUGUUGAACUACGUUUUUAAGAAUCGAGAACUCCGCCCUCUCUUUGAUCGUCAAUGGCAUAAACUUGGCAUUGCUGUGCAGUCCCAAGUCCUAUCUCUUUAUAUGGAUUGCAACUUAAUUGCCAGUCGGCACACAGAAGAAAAGGACUCUGUGGAUUUCCGUGGAAGAACGGUCAUUGCAGCACGGGCUUCUGACGGCAAGCCUGUGGACAUUGAACUUCACCAACUUGUAAUCUACUGUAACACAAACUUCUUAGCUGAAGAAUCGUGUUGUGACGUGUCAGCUACUAAGUGUCCAGAGCAAGAGGACUUCGGAAGUACCACGUCUUCAUGGGUGACUUCUCGUGCUGGUGAAAUAUCCUCACAUCUGCUGGGAAAGCAGGAGCCUGAAGAUGCAUGCCAGUGCGUCCCGAACCAGAGAGCAGAAUCAUGAGGAAUUCUGGGUUCCUUUGGACACAAAGGUGACAAAGGAGAACUGGGUGAAAACGGCUUACAUGAUACUUCCGGCUUACCUGGUCAAAAGGGAGAACAAGGACAUGAAGGCAUCAAAGGAGAAAUUGGUGAAAAGGGUGAACCUGGAGCCAAAGGAGACACUGGUCUGGCUGGCCUUAAUGGACAAGAUGGUUUGAAAGGUGACUUGGGUCCUCGAGGUCCACCUGGCCCAAAAGGAGAAAAGGGUGAUAUGGGACCUCCAGGGCCACCAGUCUUAACUGGUUCCAUAGGGAUACAAGGCCCCCAAGGUCCACCUGGAAAAGAAGGUCAAAGGGGAAGGCGAGGGAAAACGGGACCCCCAGGAAACCCAGGGCCUCCGGGACCGCCGGGACCUCCUGGGUUACAAGGACCACAACAGACUUUUGGUGAAUAUUUCAACAAGGGAACUGGUGAGCAUGGAGCUAGUGGCCCCAAAGGAGAAAAGGGUGACACUGGUCUUCCAGGAUUUCCGGGGUCUGUUGGCCCUAAAGGACACAAGGGAGAACCUGGGGAGCCUUUAACGAAAGGUGAAAAGGGUGAUAGAGGAGAGCCAGGCCUAUUAGGACCACAGGGAAUAAAGGGGGAACCUGGAGAUCCUGGUGCCCCUGGUCUAAUAGGAAGCCCAGGGCUGAAGGGCGAGCAAGGACCUGCCGGUUUCAUGGGGCCCAGAGGACCACCAGGAGAUGUUGGCUUGCCAGGAGAACAUGGUAUACCAGGAAAACAAGGCAUUAAAGGAGAAAAGGGAGAUCCAGGUGGAAGGCUAGGUCCUCCUGGACUUCCAGGUCCAAAGGGCGAUACUGGGCCUCCAGGGAAAAGUCUGCAAGGAAAACCAGGUUUAGAUGGAAAUCCAGGAGCACCUGGUCCACGUGGGCCAAAGGGAGAAAGAGGGCUACCAGGUAUCCACGGAUCCCCAGGCGACACUGGCCCACCAGGGGUAGGAAUCCCUGGCAGGACAGGCUCCCAAGGACCAGCUGGAGAGCCAGGCAUUCAGGGUCCUCGUGGUCUGCCUGGAUUGCCAGGAACCCCAGGGACACCAGGGAGUGACGGUGCUCCAGGGAGAGAUGGAAAGCCAGGCCUUCCAGGGCCCCCAGGUGACCCGAUCGCACUUCCUCUCUUGGGAGACAUCGGUGCCUUGCUGAAGAACUUCUGUGGCAACUGUCAAGCCAAUGUCCCCGGGCUGAAGAGCAACAAAGGGGAUGACGGAGGCACAGGGGAGCCUGGAAAAUAUGACUCUGCGGCCAGGAAGAGCGAUGUAGGGCCACGGGGUCCUCCAGGAGUUCCCGGCAGAGAGGGCCUGAAGGGAAGCAAAGGAGAGCGCGGCUACCCUGGAAUUCCUGGGGAGAAAGGCGAUGAGGGUCUUCAAGGAAUUCCUGGUCUCUCGGGAGCUCCUGGCCCAACUGGACCUCCUGGCUUAACAGGAAGAACUGGACACCCCGGUCCCACUGGACCAAAAGGUGACAAGGGAAGCGAGGGGCCCCCUGGGAAACCUGGACCUCCUGGACCCCCUGGAGUCCCACUCAAUGAAGGAAAUGGCAUGAGCAGUUUAUAUAAAAUCCAGGGAGGAGUGAAUGUUCCCAGUUACCCAGGACCCCCGGGGCCCCCAGGCCCCAAAGGUGAUCCUGGCCCACUGGGAGAGCCUGGUGCAAUGGGCUUGCCAGGACUAGAAGGAUUUCCUGGAAUAAAGGGGGAUCGAGGCCCGGCAGGGCCCCCAGGAAUAGCCGGCAUAGCGGGAAAACCUGGUGCCCCAGGUCCUCCGGGAGCUCCAGGGGAGCCGGGUGAAAGAGGACCGGCUGGAGAUAUUGGUUUUUCUGGACCAGAGGGACCCCCAGGAAAGCCAGGGAUAAAUGGAAAAGAUGGAUUACCAGGUGCUCAGGGCAUCAUGGGUAAACCUGGAGACAGAGGACCCAAAGGAGAACGCGGUGAUCAAGGAAUCCCAGGAGACAGAGGUCCACAGGGUGAACGUGGAAAACCAGGUCUUACCGGCAUGAAGGGGGCUAUAGGUCCUGCGGGGCCACCAGGAAGCAAGGGCUCCAUAGGCUCGCCUGGCCACCAAGGCCCUCCCGGCUCUCCAGGCAUCCCUGGCACCCCGGCUGAUGUUGUUUCAUUUGAAGAAAUAAAAAAGUACAUCAAUCAAGAGGUCCUACGGAUUUUUGAAGAGCGGAUGGCUGUGUUUCUAUCCCAGCUUAAGCUGCCAGCAGCAAUGCUGUCUGCUCAGGCUCAUGGGAGGCCUGGCCCGCCAGGGAAGGAUGGGUUGCCUGGACCCCCAGGAGACCCAGGGCCCCAAGGCUACCGAGGACAGAAAGGGGAAAGAGGUGAACCUGGAAUUGGGCUGCCAGGGAAUCCAGGUCUCCCUGGAUCUUCAGCAGUGGGUUUGCCAGGCUUGCCCGGUGCCCCGGGGCCUCAGGGACCUCCGGGACCCAGCGGAAGAUGUAAUCCAGAAGACUGUCUCUAUCCUGGGUCUCCUGCCCACCAGCAGGCAGCUGGGAAAUGA